AUGUUGAUAUUUUCUGCAGGAUACAAGGAGGUCGACGAAUCAGGAGACAUGACAGAGCCACCGACGUAUUACCCUACCCUCGGCGUCUUCACCAAUGAGAACGCCUCUUACAACACCACCACGACCCUAGACCCAAACCUGGACUACAACGCACAGUCACGCAUCGUGGCCCUGGUGGUCAUGGUGGCCGUCGGGUUCCUCGGCAACGUCCUGGUCUACCUGUGGAUGUGGGUGAACCGCCGGAAGAAGUCUCGGGUGAACCAGCUGAUCCUCGGGCUAGCCGUGGCCGAUCUGUCGGUGGUGACCUUCACGAUGCUGACCCAGAUUAUCUGGGAGUCACUAGACGAAGUUUGGCUGGCGGGCAACGUCAUGUGCAAGGUCAUCAAGGUGUUGCAGGUGAUGGGCAUGAUGGCGUCGUCCAACAUGAUCGUGGUCAUCGCUUUCGAUCGACACCAGGCCAUCAGGAGCCCGCUGAAGGAGACGUUCUCGGCGCCGACGCUCAUCCUGGCCGCCUGGGGGACGGCCUUCGUGUCGUCCCUCCCGCAGGCGUACGUCUUCAGCACGGUGGAGGUCGACGGCGGCGAGGGCGUGCAGCACUGCAAGUCGCUCUUCGGGUCGGUGCCGCUCUGGCACCGGCAGGCGUACAUCACCUACGCGGCCACGGUGCUCUUCCUCAUCCCGUUCGUCAUCAUCGUGGUGACGUACGCUCGCAUCCUAAAGAAGAUCUCGGACAAGGUCAAGGAGGGAAAAUCGUCCAAGAGAGCCACCUUCAACAAGAAGGGGAAGGUCUACCUGCAGAGCACGGGAACAGGAACACUGUCCAAGGCCAAGAUCAAGACCUUGAAGAUGACCAUCGUCAUCAUCCUGACGUUCUUCAUCUGCGGCACUCCGUACUUCAUCAUCGAGAUGUGGGUGGCCUUCGGAGACCCUUCCAAACUCAGCCCGGACGUCAUCGCAGUUCUCGGCAUCUUCGCCAGCGCCAACACCGCUACAAACCCGUUCGUCUUCCUGUACUUCAACACCACGCAGGCGUGUCUGAAGGAGCUGGGGCGCGGGGACAAGAACGGCGGGUACGGGCUGUCCACCAAGAGCACCCGGCACCAGCGGAGACCCACCGGCAGGUCGCACCUGGCCAUAGAGAUGGCGGAUCUCCCCAUCAUCAUCCGCACCAGCUCCAGCAUGAAGAUGUCGUCCCUGCGGGACAAUGAAACCUACACGACCGUGCUGUUUACUCCCACCACCAGCACGGCGGACAUAUGUGGCAAAAGAACCGGGUAA